AAAAUGAGAAUUUAAAUAUUUAUCUGGAUCUAAAUAAAUCUCCAGAGGAGAUCUAAUACAAAUUAAACCACACUACUUUGCAGGCCAGUUUUUUUUACUUAUUUAACUAAACUGCUUUAAUCUGCACGUGAACAAAUGAACGAGUCAAAGGCAUUUUAGUUCAUUCCAUUAAGGGAAGCUGGAGAGGAGUCUGAACAUCUCGGUGCUGGGGAAGAGAACGAAGGCGACCCGUAAGAAACAAAAUCACAUCUCCUCUGGGAUUAGGAGCAGGCCGCCGCUACAGGUUGGACUUUUUCAAAGCUGCAGACUGUGAGAUUUGCAGGGAAACACAAGGUUUAUCUGGAAGCCAUCUUCUCUCCCACAGCCCUUCUGAUCGUUUGUAACUUUAGAAAUGACACGUUCCAUUAAUCCUCCCGCUCUCUGCCGACUCAACAUCUGGGAAAUGAAUCAUCUUUUCUAAUUCGGUGAUCGCGUUAUCCAUUCAGUGCACGACGUUCUACAGUAAAGAUCUUUCUCCUUUUUUUUUUAAAUCGCUGGUUUUUACUUAAUUGGGUCUAUUCUGCUGCAGAGUUUAAAUGCCACAGUAUUUAAAGAUAAAUGCAACAUUUUGUUAUCCUCUUGUGUCUCUCUUUGGGUUUCCCUCCCAAAUGCUCCCCCUCCCUCCCUCCCUCCCUCUCUCAGUCUCUCUCUCUCUCUCCCUCUCUCCACACGUGUCACUCUGCUGCUCUUUGCUCCGCAGGCAGCAGCAGUGUGUCCUCGUCCGUCCUCCUCCCUCCUCGUCCCUCCUCGUCCCUCCUCGUCUUCACGCAGAGCGCCGCUCUCGACACAAAGGGGGGGAAAGCGCUGGUGAAGUUCUCCUCCUCUCAGGCUGGAUUCUCUCCUGCUCACCAAUGGAUGGAGUUUAUUCCCCGGCAGACACGGUGACUUCUUGAAAAGGUGCCGCUCCGUGCCGGGGGGGAUGGAGCAGCGCGGGGCAGCCGGGAGCCCCGGCCCUCGGGACAGCGCCAGCCCGGAGGAGAGAGGGGAGAGCCCCGCCUCCGCCGGCGGACCCCCCCCGCCCUGGAGGUCCGGCCGCCGGGAGGUCAACGGCAUGCGACGCAGCGGCGCGGCGCUGAGGCCGCUGGGGGGUCUGAUGAUCCCCGUCUACUGCGUGGUGGAGCACGCCGACGCGGGCCGAGCCGGCGACUGCGGGGGGCCCGGCGACCGCCACGCCGAGUUUGUGUUGGUGCACAAGGACGUCCUCUUCACGCAGCUGGUGGAGACGGCGCUGGUCGCUCUGGGAUACUCCCACAGCUCAGCGGCACAGGCAAGUGGCAUCAUCAAAGUGGGCCAGUGGAAGCCGAUGCCCAUCCACUACCUAACGGACGCCCCGGAGGCCACAGUGGCCGACAUGCUGCUGGACGUCUACCACAUGGUCACACUGCGGAUCCUCCUGCACAGCUUUGCGCGGCUGGCGGAGCUGCCGUCGGAGCAGUGGACCCACGCCACCGUGAGGAGCGCCCUCCGAGAGCUGCUCAGAGAGACCAACCAGAGCGCGCUGGCCAAGGAGUGCCCCCUCUCCCAGAGCAUGAUCUCAGCGAUAGUCAACAGUUCCUACUACAUCAACGUCUCCACCUCCAAGUGCCAGGAGUUUGGACGCUGGUACAAGAGGUUCAAGCGCGUCAAAGGUGAAUACAUCGAGAAGAUGUGGUUAGCUCAGAAAAAAUCCGAUAUUAAAGUGGAGAGGGAGUACGACCUGAGCCUCCUCAGCCAGCGACCUCCCUCUCUCUUACCCUCGCCCACCCACCUGGGCUCCCUGGGCAGCCCCGGGGCUCAGGACCCCCAACCCCUCCCCGCCAGCCAGCUCCCGCCCCUGCGAGCCCAGGGCCCUCCCCUCCUUGGCCAGGGCGGGCUCCUGCCCCCCCAGCUCUCCCCUCAGCUGGUCCGCCAGCAGCUCGCCAUGGCGCACCUCCUCAACCAGCAGCUGGCCGUGGGCCGCCUGCUCGCACACCAGCACCCGCAGGGACUCCCCCAGCAGUUCCUCCACCACCCGCCCGUCUCGCGCACCUGCAAGGGCGAGCCGGGCCUGAGCUGCCCGGGGGCCGAGGUCUCCUUCAACAUCUACCAGCACGUCAGGAACGAGCUGAAGAGGGCCAGCAUUUCUCAGGCGGUGUUUGCCCGCGUGGCUUUCAACCGCACACAGGGGCUGCUGUCAGAGAUCCUGCGUAAGGAGGAGGACCCUCGUUCGGCCUCCCAGUCGCUGCUGGUCAACCUGAAGGCCAUGCAGAGCUUCCUCACCCUGCCGGAGGGCGAGCGAGACCGCAUCUACCAGGAGGAGAGAGAGAGGAGCGCCAACUCCAACCAGAACCUCUCCACCAACCACGUCUCCACCGGCAACGCUCUCAGACCCCCGCAGACAAAGUGCAGCGCGUCGGCCGCGGAGCCGCCGCCGAGGUCGGACCCGUUGGUCGACAUCUCGUCGGGCAUCUACGACGACAUCCAGCAGGAGAUGAAGAGGGCGAAGGUCUCCCAGGCUCUGUUCGCCAAGGUGGCGGCCAAUAAAAGUCAGGGCUGGCUGUGUGAGCUGCUCAGGUGGAAGGAGAGCCCGAGCCCAGAGAACCGCACCCUGUGGGAGAACCUGUGCACCAUCCGCAGGUUCCUGGCGCUGACGCAGGCCGACCGGGACCAGGUCUACGAGGAGGAGUCGCGGCAGCAGCACAGCGACCGGCUCCACGCCGUCCUGCAGGUGCCGGACCAGCAGGCCGCGCACAGGCCGCCCCUGAGGCCUCCCACCGCGCCGUCGCCGACGCGCGAGGACCCACAGCCCGUCCAGCUGCUGCUCCUCCGCGCCCCGGAGGACGGGCCGCAGCGCGGGGCGAGCCCCGGCGCCGGGCCCAAGAAGGCCCGCUCGCGGACGCGCAUUUCCCUGGAGGCGCUGGGGACCCUGCAGAGCUUCAUCGGCGACGUGGGGCUCUACCCGGACCAGGAGGCCAUCCACACCCUGUCGGCCCAGCUGGACCUGCCCAAGCACACCAUCGUCAAGUUCUUCCAGAACCAGCGCUACAACGUCAAGCACCACAACGCGGCCCGAGAGCCCGGCCCCGGGGAGGACGGCGGGGGGCGGGGGCGCUCCGGGUCCGAGGGGUCGAGCGAGGACGGGAGGGGGUCGGUGGAGGCGUUGGGGACGGAGGGAGGAGAGCGAGGCGCAGAGAUGGAGGUGGAGGUGGAGAUGGAGAUGGAGGCGGAGAAGGCAGAGGGGGCCACGUCCUCCCCGUCCCCCUGCAGCAGCCCGGACAGCCCCCACUCUGCGGAGCAGCAGAGAUAACACAAACUGAGAGGUCACCGUCGAUCUGCGGAGCCACACACACACACACACACACACACGCGCUUUCAUUCACCGGAGCUCGUCAGCAUCUGAGGAACUGUGCCAAAGUCUUUCAGGUUGGACUGGAAAGAGAAGAGCUCUGAGAGGACCGCGGUGCGUUUGGUUCCUACCAGCUGAUCUCAUCAGCACCUCAGUGGGUUUUUAAGGUGAUGUUCGCGGUCCAGCCACCUCUGCAGCACAAUCCCCUUCUUUCACAGCUCCGUCAAAGGACACACAAACAAUGUCUAAAUGCGUAUUCAGACCGAUGGAAGCUGAUUACAGUGGAUUAUGCUGCAGGAGGGACGGUUUGAGAAGUUCUUCAGGGGGUUCGUGUUUAUUUAUGUACGAUUUGUUUAUUAUAUUUUCACUGUUCAAAGUUAUGUUUCCUGUAAAGGUAGGGGGCAGGCGGGGUUCACUGUAGGCGUUAAGCUGGCACCAGAGUCCACAUGUGAUUAAACCUGACCACAAAUACUGUAAGCGGGGCGUGAUGUGUUUGUCAGUAAAAUCCUCCCAAACCUCAAGGUUAUUUCCUGGAUUUCCUGGAGAUAUUUAAAGCAAUUGCAAAUGAAUAAAUAAAGAACCUACUGACAUCGUACCUCAUGAGGCAAAAGUUGGCAAAAGUUGGCAAAAGAGACAAUGAAGCCAGAAGCUCCUUACAAACCAGGACGUCUUUCAUCAGUAAAUCACUACACUCCCAUCGAUAUUUAUUACCUACAUUUACUCAAAUCUGAGUCUGCUUAUAGUUGUUUUAUUACUUUCUUUGAUUUAAAGUCUUUGCAAAUGUGAAAACAAAUGGAGGAGUAUCAACUCUUUUCUUUUUUUUACAGACCGUAGGAGAAAUGAAGGCGUUUGUGUUUGUUGUGAUGUAAAUGUCGACCAAAAGGUCCACGUGGCGAACUCCAUCCGCCCUCGUAUGUAACACAGAGGAUCAUGUGACAAUCAUCGCUGUAUU